CGUUCGUGCCACACACAGCAUGGCGCCGAGGCUGCCUUCUCUGCUGUGGGCAGAGCGGCCGUCAAGCAGGAGCGGCCGCAAAACGAACCUCGAUUUUGCGACAGCGAGUGGCGGGCGGGUGCGGCGGUAGCGGCGGCGGGAGGGGCAUAAUAAAGCAGUGAAGAGGAACUGAGGGAAGGAAGUAUUGCAUGUCUUACUGAUCAGAAAACUGUUUCUGAAAUAUUUGGACAAACUACAUAUAUAUGUAGUAAAAUCUGAAAAGGUUGAAAGUGUGUGGAGAGCAUGGGUUACGAUAUUGAGCGUUUCGUUGGCUACGUCAAUGAAGGGCUAUUAUGCUCCAUCUGCCGCGAUGUGUUAGAAGAUCCAUUACAGGCUCCUUGUGAACAUGCUUUCUGUACAGCUUGUAUACAUGGAUGGCUCGUUCAUCACAGUAACUGCCCUGAAGACAGACAGAUUAUUGAUGUGUCUUUGCUACGGCCUCUCUACAGAUAUAUGAGAAAUGAUUUAAACCGUCUUCAGCUACAUUGCAAAAACAGGGAGUACGGCUGUCAAAUGGUUUGUUCUCUGGAGUCUAUAGACAGGCAUGAAAGGGAGUGUGAAUACAGUCAAAUACCUUGCUCCAAUGCUGGCUGUACAGUUCAAGUUGAACGACGUAACUUAGACAGUCACCUGACAGUGUGUGAAUAUCGGAGCCGUGAAUGCCCCAAUGGCUGUGGUUACACCAUUCUCAGUGUGGAAGACACACAGCAUAACUGUGUGGCAGAGCUAAGAACCGAGCUAGAACUACUUCGGUCAGAAAUGAUCUGCAGAGUGGAGGAGGCAAAGCAUGAGAUGGAGUCAAGGUUAGAUUCACAGAGGAGGCAUAUGGUCCAAAAAGAGAGUAUUCUGCAAAAUGAAAUUGAAGAACUGAAGAGUCAGAUGUCACGAAUGAUGUCAGAUGUUCGCUCGCUGAUGGCUGCAGAGAGGCAGCACCGUCAGGAGCUGGAGCAGGCAGAGCUGGAAAAACGGGAAUUAAUGGAGCUGCUGAGGGGGCUGCAGAAGGACUGCCGGUUAACCACUGCAGAAGGAAGCAGGAAGCCGACAAACUUCCGCCCUCUGACACGACUGGAAAGCGUGAAACGAAAACCUAGGGAAGUUACAGUUAUCUAAACAGAAGUAAGCUCAAAAAGCACUUUCCUCUAUUUUCCAUGCCCAUCCGACUAACUUUUCUACUUUGGACAAAUGACUGGUAAACUUUACUUGCUAUCUUUUAAGAUCUAUAUUACUAUAUUUUCUUUUGGGGCAUAUAAACAAAUGGAAGAAUUUUCUCUUAGGGAAUAUUGGGCAUUAAAGCCAGUAGUUGACAAAUACAUGUUUACCUAAUGUUUUCAUAAAAAGGGAGAAAGAGACUUGAUUUGUCAUCUCUUCAGUGUGUCAUUUACAGGAGUCUUUCAAGCCUUUGAAAGUCAAAGAUAUAUAAAGGUUGUUACCUUCCGGGUCCAUUGUAGUUUGCCUAAGUAGUUUAUACUUAUGCUUGAAAAGGAAAGAAAAUGUGAUCAUCAGUAAUGACAUUUGGGAUGUCCUUCAUUGUGGGAAAAGUCAGUAAUAGAAUUAGUAAGUCAGUAAUAGAAAUUAAUAGAUCUUUGUUUAUAGUCUGUAGAAGAUCUGUUUCAGAGGUGGAAAGAAAGCACUUUAUAUUGUAAUUCUCCUGCUGUGUAAUAGCUUCAGGUGAGGUUGACUUUUACUUUAGAGCUUUUCUAAUUUCCCAGGCUGAUACACACUGAAGAGACUAAUACCAAAGCCUGAAGUAAUAGAGUCAACCAGAACCUUUUAAAUACUUGUGUGUGUUACUUGGAGUUUGUGGGAGGGGGUCUGCAUUUGAUUUAAAAAUUUGAAGUUUUUAUAUGUGCAAGUAUCAACUAUUUCUACAGGGUCCUUAAAGCUGAAGACCAGCCUGUUUGGUACUCAGUAUCUUUAAAGCCUAUAUAAAUUUCUUCUAGCAGGUUUAAGGCUACAGGUUUUCUUUAUAUAAAAUUUCUUCUAGCAGGUUUAAGGCUACUUGAACAUUAGUGUCCACAACAGACAAACAUUUGUACAGUCACUUGGACUUCAGGUGUCUUGAUUAGUACUCAAGUUUGCAGUUGUGUAAGACCCAUGAAUACUGAAUCACAGGGGCAUUUAUCUGUAAGGACUGCAUGAAAAAUAUGUAUAGUUCAUUGACUUUUCUCUAAACUUCUCACCCAAGCUGUUCUCAUGGGUUUCACUGGUAUAACUAAGCCAUAGCCUGUUGCAGCUCUCCAGUGGAGUCACUAGGGAAGAACCUGGCUGCUGUUCACCAAAUGUGUUAAAUCAGCUUUGAACUUUCAGUAUAAUGUGUGCAGGUGCAGCAGUCUGAAUAAGCUGAUUUUAUGGUUUAGAAAGCAAAUAGAUGACUGUUCAUGCCUUGCUAUCACUCAGAGCAAUGCUUUUAUGGCUAAUGGCAUAACCAAAGAGAGAGGCAACAGUCUUCUGUGGCACAUACGUUACAUUAUGAAGACUUGCAGUCACAGCUGUCUGAUUUCAGGCAUUAAUAAAUCCUUCUAACUUGCUGUUUCUUUAGUACCACUGAAGCAGAUAUGCACAUGUUCAGAUCUUGUGCGUUUAAAAACUGACAGAAAUAACUCUUCUGUAAAUGUUUUGGGUUUCUUUUUUCUGAAAGAGAACAUUCAUAGCAAGAGUUAUGUCCAAAUAUUUACUUGGUUUCAGUCCUUAUAUUGUAGAUGAAAUUACAUUCAUUGCCAGUAGUUAAAUCACUAUAGCAGUCUCACUAACUCGUGACAUGGCACAUCUCUUAAGCAACCAUAUUAACAAUCUGAACCAGUAAAACAGUAGCUGUAAUUUGGGAAGACUUGCAUUCACGCUAAACAUUCAGUGGUCAAUUCAUUCACAUCAGUGUGGAUAUUAAAGCUGCAGGUAGAAAGUAAGAAUGCGUUUAUUACCUUCUGUUCUAAAUAAGGUAGCUGUUGGUGUCUGUUAUCUGUGUGCCUCUAUUUCAGCAUUCACUCUAAUUUUGAAGCUUCUUGGCAACACCAGAUUUCAUGCUGUUAGAAUCAAUCAGUGCUUUUUUUGCUGUAGCUGUGUGGUUCUAUCAUGUGAAUUUAUGUCCUUGCUUAACAUAAAAGAAAAAAAAAUACUUCAAAAUCCUGUAGAAUUCAGAUGAACUGGAUCAUCUUUCCCACAUUGGAGGGCAGUAACCUAAUCUUUCUGUUCUGAACACAUGAAAAAGCAAGUUAUUAGAUCUGCGCUUUCUCCAUAACUAGAUCUCUGCAUUGGUCUGCUUUAGGAGUUUCACACACUUCUUUCACUAAACUCCUCCUAGUACAGGAAAUAGGGUUUAUUUAAUACUUACUUAGCAUAUGGUGUGCUGUCUGUCCCCUACAUGACAGAUGAAACUGCAGAAAACACAGGCUAGGUGGUAAGGAAGAACUUUAAUCCGCACAGUCUAUUUAGCUUCUAGCUGCUGGUUCUGAACUUCCAGUAUUCAAAUGUGGCAACACUUUGGACCCACCUGCUGCUGGAAUGACUCAUCAGCUUGGGUUUCCUUUAGCAGCAAAGAAGCACUUGCAGAGAUAUGUUAAAUUGUCAUGCUAGUAGUUGAUAGCACCAGAUCCUUCCGGAAAGUUACUUUAAGCUUAAUCGCAUUCAUCUGUGUUGAUAACUGUUCUGCACUUAAGACGUUCCU